ACGUGGUGCUGUCUCGUAACGUUUCAAGAUGGCAGAAGUGCUCGGCUAGUAGCAUUAUGGUUAUGUGAACGUGUUUAGAGAGUUGUACCAAGUUGUCAAAUAUUUCAUAAAUAUGGGUAAACAAAAAAGAGAAAGGCGUAAGCCGCAUAAGGAAAAUCCUACUGGGAUGCCCAGCAUCAAAACUCUUGAAGAAGAAGAAGCUUUCUUAGAUGAAGAUAAGGAUAGUGCUUUAAAUAGAGUUUAUGAGCAAUUACAAUCACCUAGCGUUGAAGAAAAGUUAUCAGGUCUCCAAACACUAGAAUCAAUGUGCUGUGAUGCAUCGAUGGCUAUGAAAAUUGCAAAUGAUAAUAUUGGAAAAAUAAUAGGUCCUUUAUUGGUAGAUCCUGGAAAACCAGUGCGCGGUGCUAGUGCAAGUGCAUUGCGACGAAUCGCUGAAAAUGGUGGAGACGAAGCAUAUCAACAAUUAUUGAAACAAGAUAUUAUGACUCCAUUAAGUACUUUGCUAAAAAGGCAUUAUUCUGACUGGCAUCCAAAACUCAUAGAUUCUGCCAAAGAAAAUAAUAGAAUAGACGAUGAAAAAGAAACUCUGAUUGAAGCUGUAACACUGCUAUGGGCAUUAUGCGAGAAUGACGAAUGUGCAAUAAAGUAUUCAAAUGAGGAAAAUCUCAUGUCUAUCUUAAUCAAAUUUCUAAACGUACCAGUCUAUGGUCUGGGCACCAGUGUAGCUGCUGCUCAGUGUAUAUUAACUCUAUCGGAAGAUAAUCCAGCUGCCAUUACAGAACUUAAACAACAUGAGAUAUCAUUAAUGAGUCUGAUGGAUUUGCAGUGCAAUAAAGAAGACCCAUCUUCUGAAACAAUGCUGUUGAGAACUUUGGCAGGUGGUAUACUUAUGAAUGUAAGCAAUUCAUUUUCAACAGAGGAUAAUACCUAUCGAGUGGUUUGUAAAGUAGCAACAAUGAUAUCUGAAGUUUUGGCUACCGAUCAUAGAACUCUAUUAAACAAUUUAACUUCAGCCUUACCGUUGGACAAAAAUGCUCUAUCUCGCACAACAGAGAAAAAGUUACAAGACGCUAGAAAAAUAUUGGCAGCUCUACAACAAGCACUUGAAAUUCUAGCAAAUUUGUGUUCAGAAGAUCAAGAUACGGAAGUCGAUUCAGAUCUUGAAGAUUCUGAUCCAGUCGAAGAGGAUGUUGAAUAUAUGGAGGAGGACAUAGCAAAUGAUAAAUCAAUUGGAAUAGGUUCAAGCUUACCAGUAGAAGUAUUAGAAAUUCUUACUGGCAGUAAUUUAAUAAGGAAAGUAUGGGAUAAAACAAUCCCACUACCAGAAAACGUUAAUCAAAUAUUAAAUGAAAAUCCAGAUAGCAAGACUGUUUUAUUACAAACACAUACUUUACGAUGCAGAGCCUUUUUAUGUUUGAACAAUUUAUUAUCUAAUCUUGACAUCGAGGGACUAGGAGGUGUCGAAAACUUAUACAGGAUGUGGCUUGAAAUUGGAACACUUGUUUUCAAAACAGUAGAUCCAAAUGACAUUGAGCUUUUGGAAUCAGCAACUUCAGCAAUGCGUGCUGCUCUACAAAAGCUAGUCGAAGCUAGAGCUACAAAUUUCAAGCAACUAACUCUUGCAGACAUUCAACCAAUGUUAAAUGGUGAACGUCAAUGUUCUAAUGCAAACGUUAAAGUUAACUUAAUUAGGAUCGUCGGGAACCUCGCCUUGAUCCUCAGUGAGUCGGAAGCUCCCGAGAGUCGUGAAUUAGUUAAGCACGUUACUGUCUUCUUACUAGAUUCCUGUACACGAGAAGCUGAAUUGUGGGUCAUAGCUGAAUCUUUAGAUGCCAUAAUGGAUAUUUAUGCAGAGGAUGAAACUAAUACAUUAGCUGCAGAAAUUUAUUUGACAGAAAAACUUCAGACUCUUGUUCCUCUUGUAAAUACAAAGAUACGACAACAAAAAAAGGAUCUGGGCGAUAAUGCAUUCGUUGUGUCGACCGUUAAAGCAAAUCUAAAUCGUUUUAUAAAAUACAAAAAACGACAAAUACAAAAACUUACAUAGGUCUAUGUAAAUUAUGAAUAUAUUUUUCUCCUUCACAAUACUGCGUAGUGCAUAUUUGUUUAUAAUUUUAGAAUUUUCCAUUCGAACAUUGCAGCAUCUAAUUUGUUACCAAUUGAACUUUUGUAAUGUUUAUUUUUACAUCACAAUAGUGUAUUGUUUAAUUGACGCAACGAAUAAAGAUAAGUUGUGUAUAGGUACGUGUAAAAAAAAUGGUGCAAAAACUCUCAGGCAGUACGAAAACGUUUAAAACCAUUAUUUUUCAUUUUAGCGAUAUCAUUGGUAUGUCUCUAAGUAUUUCUUACAGCAUGAGUCAUUUUCUAUUGAUAGUAUUUAAUUUUUCAUGAUUUCAGGAUAUUUUCUCUAGUGAUUAUCGUGUUUAUAAUAAUCUUGAAUAAAGAAACGUUACCGUUUUGAGAACGCGA